GAAAUCAGCAGUUUAUUUUCUCUCAGAAUAAUGUUUCAUAGUUGGACACAGAUUAUACUAUAUUACUAGUGACGCAGCCAUGGUUUAACUCUGAUUAGUCUGUGUACUGCUUGACGUUUUGAUUUACUUUGUGUGACGAAUUACUGUAUUUUGUAGUUUUUGUGUACUAAACUUUUGGUUUAUCCACAAAAAACUAGUGAAACUUCAGUGAAUGCAGUGAAAUAGUGAAAAUGGGAGACGGUUGUCAAGCUUGCCUUACGAGGAUUCCUCAUGCAACCCUCAUCGCCACAAUUAUGUGCUGCUUGGGCGUGGGGGUGUUCUGUGGCACCAUGUACCGAGGCUCCACUCUAUCAAUUCUUAUGUUUGAUGAAGUGUUCCACUUUCGUCUGAUAUGGAUCGAAGCGCUGCAAAUGAUAUUUAUAGUUGGAAGCGCUUGUAUGGCGGCACUCGGGUUUAUGUUGCUUUGUUUGGGCUGCCUCACAACAGGUGCCACCAGACAGAAAGUGUACCGAGCGUGGAGGGCGCGCGUCGGCGGCCGGAUCUCCUGCGCCAUCUUCAUGAUCAUCACCUACGUGCUCACCAUACUGUGGGUGUUGCUCAUGGGCUUCUUAGUUAUUACCACUUUCCUAUUCACUAUAUUUUGGAAACUCUGCUCAAAGCCAAGAAAUGUAGACCAUUCCACUUGUAUUGAUUUCACACAAUUUGACUUCAUGUUCCCGUCCAAUGUGAAGCAAGAAGACCUUAGGAUAUGUGGAGAACACAGAGUGAAACUGUUCUGUAAGGAUUAUGUGGAGAAAGCCGAGGUGAUGUUCAUAUUGGCCAUGGUAUCUUGCAUACUUGUAAUUCUAAGUUUAGUUCAUUACCUAAUGUGCCUAUCAGCUAAUUAUGCACACAUUAGAGAUCAUGAGAAGUUCCAAGAACUGCAGGAGUUGCAGUACCUGACCAACCCGGACCUGCAUGCGUCCAAGGACCGCUUCUAGUAUAUGGCCCGUGCGCCGCUGCUGCGCUCACUAGAAGCCACCACCAAGAUGUGACAGUGAUAGAACAAUACCACCUGGAAAUAAGUUAUGGUAAAACAUUGUGUUCAAUGAUUUAGAUACAAAAGAAAAUGUUACAAAUUAAGACUGAUCUUCAUUGGAUUAGGAACUAUGAGUAGAACCUCCCACCUGCACAAGAUAAAAUUUAACUGAAAGAAAGAAAAUAUUUUCUUAAAAUUUUUGGUUUUUGUUUUAAAUAUUAGGUUGUUAAUGUUGUGAAUGUAGUUUUAUAGGUAAAAUUUAA